CUCAUCUCUCUUUCGCGUUUAUGUUUGUCAAAACAAAAAAAAAAUUAAAAUUUACUAGAAUUUUGUACAAUUAGCCACUAAUUAUAGUAUAUGUCCCAACAUGCAAUGUAAAUAGAGUGUUCCGUGUGUAUUUGUGUAUGUGUGUCUUCGUGCUAUUGCGUAUAAAAUAAACAAAUGUGUCGUCUGAAAAAUUGUCCCUUGAGUGAGAAAAAAAAAUGGACAUAUUCGUAUUUAAAUUAAAUGAUCAAUGCACUUGUGCUGACCAAUAUUAAAGGUCUCAAAUCGAACAUCCACUUGUUAAGCAGUUAGAAAGGCAACAAUGUUGCAAUAUAAAAACGCCAACGCAGCCGUUGCAAAUGUGGUCAACAACAACAAUAACAAUGGGCAAUCGGGAACUACGACGGUUGCCUCCGCCGCUGUCGCUGCCUCCCCCGCAAAGGGGACACAGGCUGCAAAUAGUGUAAAUAAUAACUCGGCUGCUACGCCCGCUCCACAAAUGCAACAGAUAAUCAACAUACAUCAAAUGCCCUCGCAGUUUGUACAGGCAGCGCAGUUGCAACAAGCUGGAGGCGCCACUACAGUUGCUGGCAUGCCGCAGAACAUGUUUCAGAUCGUGCAGCCAAUGGCCAUGCAAACGGUUAAUAUUGAUGGGCAGGAGGCCAUCUUCAUACCCAACAUAAAUGCCCAGCUGGCCACAGCUCAGCCAGUGAAUAUCAAUGGUCAGCAGGCGUUCAUUACGCCCAAUGGACAAAUUGUGCGUGCACCUCAAGUUCAGGAUCAGACACAGACGCAGACGCAGCUGUUUACCAUACCCGGUACAAAUAUACAAAUACCGCUGGCAAACAUUGUCCAACAGCAGCAGCAGCCACAGCCACAGCCACAACAGCAGCAACAACCUCCACAGUCGGCAACGCCAGCACUUGGACUUCAAGCCCAGCAGCAACAGCAACAACAACAACAGCAGCAACACAAUCAGACAACUGGCGGGGCGGGAGCAACAGGAGCGGGACAAACUAUCACCAUUCCAGGCACCAAUAUACAGAUACCAGCCUCUAUGGCAGCAGCCAAUGGUUUGCUGGGCAACAUUACGAAUCUGCUGGGCGUAGGAGCGCCCACAACGAUUAAGCUGGAGAAUGGACAGACGUUGCAGAAUAUCCAAUUGCGUGCGGCAACGGCAGGAUCCGCACCACAAUUGCUGCAGUUCCCACAGCCAGCACCGGCGGCACCAACGCUGCAACAGACGGUGGCCGUGCAGAUUCCCGUGCAAACAGCCAACGGACAGACCAUCUACCAGACCGUGCAUGUUCCCGUACAAGCAGCCGCGGCAACAGCGCCGUCAGCUCCACCCUCGUUGUCCAAUCUAACGCAGUCGCUUCAGGCGAUGCCUGCAUCAAUGCAACAGGCUGCGGCUCAGAUGCAAAUCAUACCACAAUUUGCACAAAUCGCACAAAUUGUUACGCCCAAUGGACAGAUACAACAGGUGCAAUUGGCUCCGUUGAAUGCACUCAAUUAUUCGCAGUUGCCGCCAAAUGCGAAUAUUAUUCACAUACAGAAUCCUCAGCAGCAGCAGCAGUUUGUGCAGCCGCAGCUUCACCAGCAACAGCAACAGCAGCAAGUGCAACAACAGCAACUGCAGCAGCAAGUGCAACAGCAGCAACAACAACAACAGCAGCAGCAACAACAACAACAGCAGCAACAGGCGGCAGCAGCAGCAGCAGCGGCUGUACAGCAACAACAUCAACAACAGCAGCAACAACUCAUCAAUGCUAUCAACGAGGCAGGCGGCCAGUUGCCAGCCAAUCAACCCAUUACCAUAACCAAUGCACAGGGUCAACAGUUGACGGUGAUACCAGCACAGCAGCUGCAACAGUUGCAACAAUUCCGUGCUAACCAAAAUGCUGCAGCUGCUGCAAUGCAAUUGCAAUCGGCCAAUCUACAGGCAUUGCCCAUACAAAACAUACCCGGAUUGGGUCAGGUGCAGAUCAUUCAGGCGAAUCAAUUGCCAGCAAAUAUGGCUGCCAAUUUUCAACAGGUGCUCACCCAGCUGCCGAUGCCCAUGCAAACGACAGCGACGAGCAACAAUCAAGUUCAGAACUCGAGCAGCAAUGCAAGCACACCGCUUGCAAUGAUGCCCAAACAGGAGCCACAGAGUCCGACGCAGUUGAUAACGAAUAUCAAACAGGAGCCACCAGAUACAUGCGUGUCCAAUGCCUCUCCACUGAACAACAACAACAUUAACAACAAUCCCCCCAAUCCUGCGCCAAUUACUGUUCAGCAACCGCAGCAGCAACAAAUCAAAUUUAUUGUGCCACAGUCGCCACAGCAGCAGCAACAACAAGCACAACAACAGCAGCAACAGCAACAACAACAGCAGCAGCAACAACAACAACAACAACAACAGUUGCUUAGUGAUGGCAACCAUCUGCCGAUAGUUACAAUCCCAGCCUCCAUACAGAUAACCGCCUUGCCACCGCCGUCAGCUCCGGCAGCAACAGCACGGAACACACCAAAGCCGAAUCUGUCCAGCGGUGGCACACAGAUAACCAUGAGCUCUGGUGGCCAAGUCGUGUCACUAACGACGCCAGCUCGCCAGACUAAGCAGGUGAAGCAAUCAUCGCAGUCUUCCCAGGCGGCAACCAGUGUCAAUGUGAACAUCAAUGUGGGUGAGAGCGUUGCAUCUGCACCGGAGAUAAAGCCGCGAUUGAAGCGUGUUGCCUGCACCUGUCCCAACUGCACGGAUGGAGAGAAGCAUUCGGAUCGCAAGCGACAGCACAUUUGCCACAUACCUGGCUGUAGCAAGGUCUACGGCAAGACAUCGCAUCUUCGGGCCCAUUUGAGAUGGCAUACGGGAGAGCGUCCCUUUGUCUGCUCGUGGAUGUUCUGCGGCAAACGCUUCACACGCUCCGAUGAGCUGCAGCGUCAUCGGCGUACACACACGGGCGAGAAGCGCUUCCAGUGCCGGGAAUGCAACAAGAAGUUCAUGCGCAGCGAUCACCUGUCCAAGCACAUCAAGACGCACUUUAAGACACGUUCCGGUGUCGAGCUCAUCGAGCUAAACAUUAAGCAGGAGCAGAAGAUGAAUGCACCCAAAAGCAUUAGCACCAUGAGCGGCAUUGUCACCAUUGAGAUCCCAUCAAGCGGUGCAGCCGCCAAUGGCAGUGGCGCCUCCAGCGUGGCGGCAACAGUUGCUGGCUCAACUGUAUCGGCAGCUCCUGGUGGUGCAACAAUUGUACAGCUACCGACGCUAUGCGGUGAUGAUGUGGUUGGCGGUGCAUCCACCGAUAGUUUUGGUGAGGAUGAUGACAUGGAGGAUGAGGAGAUGACCGAAGAGGAUGAUGAGGAAUUAACCGAGGAAGAUGACGAGGAUGAGGAGGAUAGCGGCGAUGAGGAGAAACUGGCCAUCUCUGUCAGCGAGCUGGGCGAGAACUCAUCCAACUAGCAUUCGGAAUCCCUGUUCAUGGAACAGUUCAUCUUUGAUCACUUUCCAUAGCCAUAGUAGCCCCCGAUCGCGGGACUGUUAAAUGACUUUCAACCUGUACAAAUGCCCCCCUUUGUCCCCUGUCCCCCUUAAUGUUUUUGAUGUAAAUCUUUGUAUAUAGUUCAGAUAUAUUUAUAAGUUAUCAUUCGGCUUGCCGAAGCAUCAAACCCCCUUGCAAUGUCUGACAAAGUAGAAUUUUUUAAUUUUGUAUUUAAAUUUCACGAUUUCAAUUUUUUUCUUGACUUGUACAAAACAAACUUGCUAAAACAAUUGUUCAUAUUUAUAAAAAUCCUUCAAACAUAAUUGUAAGUUCUGUUCGGACCUUAAAACAAAUUGUGCAAGCACUGUAAGGGUAUCAUAACAUCAUAAACAUUUGUAUUUAUAUUUCUGUAGCAUAAGUUUUUACUAUAUACGAGUAUCAUUUGGAAAACAAGAAUGGAUAACUAAAGAAUACGCGAUUUUAACUAGGAUAGUAUCAUUAAAGCAAAAAUAAGUAUGACUUUUAAGGAAAUUUUUAUAUUCAAAACGCACAAUAAAUCAUGUUGAAGAGGAGCAUGUUUAAAAUAAUUUGUAAUGUACUUAAAAUAAAUUCAUUUUUCGUUGUUCAGUA